AUGUUUCACUUGGAGUUAUCUCGUUGGGUUAGCAGCACCACAAAGACCACCGUUUGUCACGCAAAACCACUUAAAACGUCAACGGCAUUCAGUGGUUCCAGCGGGACUUAUAAUGUGCACGCGUUAGAGCUGGCCGCCGCGAAGGAAAGAAAGCUCAAAGGACUGUCGGUUACAGUGCACUUCUUGGACGACACUCAGCAUGUAUUUCAUCUGGAGAAAAAGUCCAAAGGGAGCGUACUAUUGGACCAAGUGCAUCAGCACCUCGAGCUGGUCGAGAAAGACUACUUCGGGCUGCAAUUUUACGAAGACGACAGCAACAAACCCGAAUUUAUCAGAUGGUUGGACCCUCUGAAACCAAUCAAAAAGCAGCUUAAUGGCAGCCAGACUAAGUUAUUCUUUAGGGUUAAGUUCUAUGUGUCGGAUCCAAGCAAAUUAUUGGAGGAGUACACGAGAUAUCAGUUCUGUUUACAAUUGAAACAGGAUAUUUUAGAGGAGAGGCUCAUUUUGCCCGCCAGUAGUGCCAUAUUGCUGUCCAGUUACACAGUGCAGGCCGAACUGGGCGAUUAUCAGCCUGAAGAACAUGGUCCAGAUUAUUUGUCUAAUUUGGUCCUAUUGCCAAAUCAGGACAAAGAUAUCGAGCUUAAAAUAUGUGAAUUACAUCAGUCUUUAAAGGGUUUAUCACCGGCAGAGGCGGAAAUAGGUUUUUUGAAUUACGUGAAAAGACUGGAUAUGUACGGGGUUGAACUGCACAAAGCCAAGGAUAGUUCAAAUAGAGAUAUACAGUUAGGGGUUACGCAUUUGGGACUGGUUGUUUUUUUGAACAGCGUCCGAAUAAAUCUGUUUUCGUGGUCCAAAAUAAUGCAAAUAUCGUUUAAACGAAAGCAAUUUUUUAUCAGGCUUAUAAAGGAACCUUCCGAGAGCUACGAUACUCUUUUGGGGUUCAACAUGAAUUCCUAUAGGACUUCGAAAGUCCUGUGGAAGUCGUGCGUGGAGCACCACACCUUUUUCCGUUUGCAUUCCCCGCGCGUUCGAAGAAAAUUCCCCCUGUCUUUGGGCUCGAAAUUCACCUACUCGGGCAGAACCGAGUUUCAAACGGUUUCAGAGGUGAAACAGCGCGGGAAGUUGGAGCGAAAGUUCGUUAGAUCGCCCAGCAAAAUCGUGAGACAAACGGUGCCGGCUCCAGCCUUGGAGGUUAAAGGGAAAGUUUCUGUGGUUCCCCCAAGGCCUCCAAGGCCGUACGACAACAAGGUCACUUCUUUGGGCACAAAAGAGCCGAAAAAGGCAUGGACUGAGGAUUCGCAUAUGUCAGAUGACGACGGUGGCUUUUUGGAGCGGACCCUCGAAGGUCCCUUCAUGCCCGGCAUAGCCAACAGGGUGAUAAGCUACGCGGACGAGGAGCCUUCCCCCACCACUCCCAACGAGCUGUACGACACGCCCCCUUACAGCCUGAGCCACUCGCCGACGUCGCAGCAGUGCGACGUUGCCGCCACAACCAUCGUUCUAGAGCUGGACGGCGGCGAAAUGUACGGAUUUAUCAUUUCGGGUGGUUCUGACAGAAACUUGCCGAUAAAAAUAUCGCGCAUCGUUGCCGAUACUCCGGCGGAUAAGUGCACGCCGAAAUUAAACGUGGGCGACGUUUUGUUGCAAAUAAAUGAGCACGAAUGCACUGGCGCCCUCUAUGACGAAGCUUGCUCGUAUAUCAGAGAAGCCAGAAAACAGAAUGAAGGGCGCCUCACUUUGGUGGUGAAGCAGUUCGCUUCCGCGCACCCGGAGCCGGGCGCGGCGGGGGUUCCCGAGCCCUACUACAUGUACGUGCCGGCGGGAAGUGACGUCAGCCCGUCGUCGCCCAGCGACGCGUUGCAGAUGUCGAUACAUCUGCUGGCCGACGGGCUCGAGAGCGGCCAUCAGGUGAAUCAGUACGAGAUGUUGCCCCGGAAGCACCCGGACCUGGCCUGCGACGAGUCCGCCAAGCCGAAGAACGUCAACAAGAACCGCUACAGGGAUAUUUCGCCUUAUGACACCACUCGCGUGGUGCUAAAAAACGCCCCCAGCGGGGACUACAUCAACGCCAACUACGUAAACAUGGCAAUACCGCAUACGGAAAUCGUGAACCGUUACAUCGCCACUCAAGGCCCGCUGCAAACCACCACCGAAGACUUUUGGCAGAUGAUUUUGGAGAACAAUUGCAACCUCAUCGUCAUGCUCACGACACUGGUCGAAAGAGGGAGACCAAAGUGUCACCAGUAUUGGCCAGGGGUGGAAGAGGUGCUAACCAUGCAAAAUAUCAUCGUAAAAGGGGAAGCUGAAGAGGACGACCCUUCGGGCAGCUUCGUCUUUAGGGAUUUCACCCUACAAGACGUUAAGAACAAGUCCGAGAAAAAAAUCAAACACAUGCAGUACACUGCAUGGCCUGAUCAUGGAGUACCGGAUUCACCCACCCAGUUUCUCAUAUUCACGAAAAAGAUGAUGGAAUGUAGAGCCGAUGACGCGCCGGUGAUUGUCCAUUGUAGCGCCGGCAUCGGCCGCACGGGCGUCUUGGUACUAAUGGAGACCGCUCUUUGUCUAAUGGAAAACGCCGAGCCCGUUUACCCCUUGGAAAUCGUGAAAAACAUGCGCGACCAGCGCGCCAUGAUGAUCCAGAACGCUGUGAGUGCCCGAAACGAAAACGGGACGACCUCUUCGGCUACGCACCUUGGCCGAACCAAGAGUCAAUAUAGGUUUGUAUGCGAGAGCGUGCACGCUGCGUACGUCGCGAGGGACAAAAAACAGGAGAAAAUCGACACAGAAGUUUAAAAAACGAUGUGAUUUGAAUAUAGCCUUAUUGUUAGAUUUUACACCGGGAGAGCCUUAAUUAAACCUUUGCGGGCAUUUUUACGAAAAAAGUAUUUUUUAUUUCGCAGUUUUUAAAUCGAAUACUCGUCCUAUAAUCUACAGGGUGUCAACCUGUUUAGUAUAUUUUAAAUCGUCCAUAAACCGUGCCAAUUUUUUUUUUAGAGUAAAAAGGAAUGUUUUAUUAUUCAAUUUUUAAAACGAUGCAUAACAUUUAAAAAAUAUUAAAUGAAUGUUUAGAUUUUUGUGUCUGGUAAAUUUAUAAUUAAUUAAUUAUAAUUGUACUAAAAAAGGCUUAUUUUAUUUUAACUAAAAGUACUUUAUAAAUACAAAACGUUUUGUUAUUUUAUUUAACACCAAUUGGUUUUAUUACACAUUAUGUCCCCAGAUUGAGUUUUCUAGAGAGAAUCUUUUUUGUUUUUGGUUUUUUUAAAUAAAAAGUUUUGGUCGUCGAAAAAUAACAUUGACUUUUUUUUUCAGUGUUGGGUUUUGAUUUUUCAAAGAAAAGUAAUUUCUUUGAAAAAUCAAAACCUAACUUAAAAUGUCUUGAAUAUUUUUUAAACACCCUGUGGAUAUUUUUCGACGAUAAAACUUUUUUAAGAAUGACUUUUCUUCCAAGAAGCAAAAAUUUUCAAAUUUUUCUUGUAAACUUAAUCUGGAGACAUACUGUACAUAUAUUCAUAUAUUUAUUUUUAUUAAUUUUAGUACAAAUUUUUGUAAGUACGUAUUUUAUUUCAAUUAAUU